AUUUAUAUUUUAUAUUAUGAUCCUUAUAUUUGUUAUAAUUAAUUUAAAUUCAUAAAAAAUUUACUAACACAUAUAUAAAAAUUAUAUUAAAAAAUAUAAUUUUUUAAAUAAAAAUAACAUAGCUAACAUUAAAAUAUAAGUGAAACACCAUAGUAUUCCAUAAAAUUAUUUUUGUAAUGCAUAUAUGAUCAUCGAGCGUAUUUCGAAGUAAAAAUGACUCUUUAAAUUUAAUUGGUAGUUACGAGUUAAAAAAUUGUUGAAAUUGAAUAAUAUUAAUAUUUUUAAAUACAUUAGAUCUGAAAAAUAAAAUAUUAAAAGACUGAACUAUGAUAUUAAUCCUCGUGAAUACAUUCAAUCUGAACAAGAAAAAAUCUUACAAAAAAGACAUAAAAAAGAAUAACAACCGUCUUCGGUUACAAAAAUUUUGUUUGGACAACAUUUUUAGAGUUUUUGGAGGUUUUCGGAUCAAAUUUACCUGGCUAUUAGUAUUAUUAUAAUAUUUAAAUUUGUGUAAUAGGUAUGUCUUCAUGUAAUUUUCUUAAAAUGUUUGUAUAUUGUUGUUGUAAGAUUUAAAUUUAUAAAAAAAUUGAAAUAUUUAUGAAAUAUAAAAAAUUUAAAGAUUAAAAGGAUAAAGAAAAAAAUAUUUAAGAAUCAUAAAUGUGAUGUGUAAUUGUAGAGACCAAAAUGCAAACAAAAAUAUAAAACUUUUGAAUAGUAAAAUUUCAAAUAUAGAGUUUCACUUUUCAAAACUUCAAAUUUGAAAUUUUGAAUUUUUUUUAAGAUAACAAAAAACUUCAUAAUUGAUAUUAUAAAGUAUCUUUUUGAAGAUGUUUAAAUACCACUAAUUCUUUAUACACGUAGUUGAACUGAACCAAAAAUAUACCACGUAUAUUGGAAAAUUUGUGGGAAAACAAAAUACUGCCAAAAGGGCAUUUUGGCAUCGAAGUGAUCGUAUUCGUCCCCAUUAGUCCCUUUCGAUAUCUAUAAUUAGCGUUGAUUUUCUAGUGGAGAAUCCACCAAGAAUCAAGGACUUUGUAGAUAAAUACUAGAAAAAAAUCACGUUUAUUUAGCGAACAACGAGCUAUGCAAUUGAGGAGGAGUUGCCUUCUUGGUCCAGACCAGGAAUAAUUUCCUUCUAGUGUGAAAUUAUUAGUUUUACAUGUGGUUACGUGGAUAUGGGUCUAUGCUUAUGGCCCAUUUGAAUACCCGAAAGAAGAUCUAUAUGUAGGUUGCAUUUCCCAUCCAGAAGUUAAGUCUGUAUCUUUAAUAGAUCCGGGUUUAAUCCUUUUCAAGUUCAAAAAAAAAAACAAGCUAUGCAAUUGAGUUGGCUCAAGCAGAAUAGUGUCACGCUUAGGGUUUCCACUUUAUCUACAAUGAUUUACUUGAUUACUAAAUUUUUAGCUGAACAUGGAAUAAAUUAAAGUUCAGAAUAAAAGUUUACUGUAUAAAUACCAACCAUCUAAUCACACUCUUAGUAUUAGUAUUACUCUUUAGCUUGGAACAAAACGAGGAUCAUCACGUGUACUUUGUAUAGAAGUUCGCAUUUCUCCGGUUUGUAGAUUGGAUCAACAAACUGACCAAUUAAGUAUGCUUGUUGAACAAAAAAUAUUAAUACAUUUUGAUUUCCAACAUCCAGAACUUUUACAAACUCUUUACAAAAAUAUUAGAUACAUUAAAAUAUUUUGUUCAGUACGUGUUUUUAUAAUAUAAAGCAACAAACAAUCUAUAAGUAUUCAUAUUAGUGAGAGAUAUUUCAUACUUUAGUUAUCGCUUUAGGUUUGGACACAUAUUAAGAAAAUAUUUAAUUUUGUAUAUUUACUAAAUAAAAAUAUCAUUAUCAUGAUACUUAACCACAUUCCAACCAAUAGUAAAUAGAUUAAAAUAUAAACUCAAUAAAUUUUACAUUGAAACUAUAAAACGACACUUAUUUUAAAACAAAAUUUUUAUUAUACAAUGAGAACUAAAUUAAAACGGAUCGGGAGUAUUUUCUUUGGGCUAGAUCGGACCCUUGAAAAUUUUAUAUUAAUAAGAAAAUAUGUCAAAAAUAUUAAUAUAUUUUACCAGUGUUAAAUAUAUUACAAAUAUCUUCGGUUACACAAAAUUUGUUUGGACAAUAUUUUGGAGAUUUUGGAGCAAAUUUACUAGAUUAUUAGUGUUUGUAAUGUUAUAAUUUUUGUAAUAGUUAUAUCUUUAUGUAUCUUUUUAAAAACAUUUUUAUUAAGUUUUUUUUCUGAUAUUCUUGUUCUCUAAUUUUAGUUUAAAAAUAUUAAAAAUAUUAUUCUAAUUUUUUUUUUUAAUUUUAUGUGUAAAAUCUGAAUUAAUAAAGAAAAAUCUGAAAGUUUCACUUUUUAAAAUUCUAAAUUUGAAGUUUUUUUUCUAUUAAUUGCAUUUUGGUUCUUAUAUUAAUUAAACAUUACAUUUAAGAUUUUUUUUUUUCAUUUAUCGUUUUAAUCCUUAAGAUUUAUAAGUUUAACACUAUUUAACUCUUUAGCUUGGAACAAAACGAUGAUAAUCACGUGAUGUAUGUAUGGAAAUUCGUACUUCUCUAGUUUAUAGAUUGGAUUAACAAAUUUGCCAGUUAAUUAUGGUUGUUAAACAUACAAUAUCACGUUUAGAUUUGAUUUCAGUCAAAUCAGGAUUGUAUGGGUUUUGACUCAUUCACAUGAGUCCUUUUAACAUAUUUAUAUGCUGAUUCUUGCAAUUGGCGGCUCUAUAUAUAAUCGUGAUUGCGUUUGGGUCUCGUUAUGAACAUGUGGCCCGCGAGCUUUUACAAGUAUGAGACAUUGGUACACAGUACACUUGAAUUUGUGAACCUAGGUGGUUUUGAUUUUGUCAAACUUACUAUCUACGAUCUACCUGGCUUGAGACUAGCAUCUAAAGUCUGUUUUAAUCUCAAAUGACGUGGUUCUAUAGAUGCUUAUCUCGGCUCCCAACUUCUCCGAGUCUUGAGAGCUUUCAUGAUACUAUAGUGGAACUUUUGAAAAUGCGAAAUGUAUCCAUAACUGCAUCAACUGAUUGAAUUCCGGAUUGUGACUCAUGUAUGAACACGCUUGUAUCUGUACCUGCUUGACAGAGACGUUGCCUAUAUAUCUCUCGAGUUGCCCCAACCUAAAAUCUCUUGACUUAAUGAUAUUUCUUCUCUUUGGGUUCCUUUUGAUUACAAGGUUUUAGUUUAGCUGCUUGAUGAGUUCUUCCGCGAGUUCUCACAUUACAAAUCGCAGUUUUGUACAGGUGAAGAUGGAUCAAGUGCCGACUUAAAAAAGACUUCACAUCAACUACUAUUCGUUUUAGAAUUCAUUUCGUCGUGGUCAUGAUUUCUCAAAGGUUGUUUCUGUACCAUUUAAAAAGUAAAAAUUAUCCACUAUACUGUACAUGAUGAGCAUAUGUGAUAUGUGCUAUGGAAUUGAUCUUGCAAACAUAUACCAAAAAAAAAUAACAUGAUUAAAGUGGGACCCUUUCUUAAGAAAAUCGCUCCCAAAACCGAAAUCUUCUUUAAUUGUGUCUAAAUCAUUUACGCAAAUACUCUAUUGUCUUUUAAACCAACUUUUGAAGAAGAAGAAAAAAAUUAAUAAACCAACUCUAUCAUCCAAUUUGUCGAGUUUUUUUGGUAUUGAUUCGUUACGUUUAUCUUGGUUUGCAUUAUUCGUUCUAGACAUCCACAUAUUUCUCUUGGACCGACCCAUAUUAAUGAACCAACUCACUCUAAAAAUAAAUAAAUAAAAAUAUAACACUAUGAAUAUACGUUAAUAUCAAAAACCAAAACCAUUUGAAAACAUACACAAAAACACCAAAAAAAAAUAAAAGUAUGAGAAUACUCUUUCUCUUCUUCUUCUUCUUCUUCUUCUUCCACUCAUCAUCCUCCUCAAGAACUUCAUCAGAAUCUCGCAUCUUCAUCUACGGUGGAUGUUCACCGGAAAAAUACACACCAAACACUCCUUUUGAAUCAAACCGCGACACUUUCCUCUCCUCCGUCGUUACUUCAUCCUCCGAAGCCUCCUUCAAUAGCUUCGCCGUCGGUAACGACUCUUCUUCCUCUUCCUCCGCAGCCAUCUUCGGCCUUUAUCAAUGCCGUGACGAUCUCCCAUCCUCUGACUGCUCAAAAUGUAUCCAAAACUCCGUCGACCAAAUCACUCUCCUUUGUUCCUACUCUUACGGUGCUUCUCUUCAGCUCCAAGGCUGCUUCUUGCGUUACGAGACCUAUGAUUUUCUUGGGAAACAAGACACGAGUCUUAGGUACAAGAAGUGUAGUUCCAAGAGGGUAGAGAAUGAUUAUGAUUUCUUUAAACGAAGAGACGAUGUGUUGUCGGAUCUUGAGUCGACUCAACUAGGUUACAAAGUUAGCCGGUCCGGUUUAGUUGAAGGUUAUGCUCAGUGUGUUGGUGACUUGAGUCCUAGUGACUGUACGGCUUGUCUUGCGGAAGCUGUUGGGAAGUUAAAGAAUCUUUGUGGCUCGGCUGUUGCAGCUGAGGUUUACUUGGCUCAGUGCUAUGCUCAUUAUUGGGGUUCUGGUUACUACGACUUCUCUCCAGAUCCAACGAACGGAGAUCACGUGGGGAAAUCAAUUGCGAUCAUCGUAGGAGUCAUUGCUGGAUUCGCAAUUCUUGUUAUUCUCCUCUCCCUCUGCAGAAACUCCAUGCGUAAGUAUAUACUUACUUGCCUAAUAUUCACAUGAUUCACUCACUGUAUUAAGAUUUGAAUUUAACUGAGUCGCUAAGAAUUGUCAUAGUCUUAUAUGUUAUGAUGCUGAUUUGCAGAUUGAUACAAAGAAGACAUGAUUCGAGAUGAAAGAUUCUAGAGGGACCUGUUUUUUUUUUUUUUUUUUGGAAUUUAUGGUGUAGGAACAUAUCCGUUACCUUAAUGAUUAUUUUUGGUUUA